CGCAUUAUCGGGAAGACGGAUUCGCCUGUUUAGUCGGGUUUGAAUGUAGCAAUGUAUUCUUUAACCUGGACCAUGUGGACGCUUCUUUCUUUCCAAAUCUUUUUAAUUUCUUUCCACUUACAAACAGGCAGCGCCACAUCUGUCACUCCAGGUGAGAUUAGCCCUAAAUCGAUCAUCAGGUUUUGACAAUUUGAAAGUAUAUCUUUCGAUUUGUUUCCUUGUGGUAUGCAGAUCACGUACAUGGAACUUGCAUACAAAUUUGUGACAAAUUGAAAGUUACUCGUUGGAAAUAACUAAGUUAUUCAAGCUGUAACCUUUUUAAAAUUCCGAUAGUUUGUCGCCUAUGGGACUGUAGCCUGAAUUAUGCACUGUAUAAAACCCAGAACAGGAAUAUGACCGCCACAGGUAGAUUAAGUAUUGGAUAGGUAUUAUUUGUGGUAUAUACAAUCAGAAUUUCUGUUUUACGACUUAUUUUUAGGAGCUCACAACACUUGAAUACCGUCACAUAUGUACUAGUACCCUUAGAUAGUUCUGUCAGCUCGUACAAGAAUUGCCAUUGGCCUCUUACGAGGUCAGUCUGCUAGAACAGUACUAUAAAUUGCAAGUAUAAAGUUUUAAUACGUAAUUUAGUAUUUACUUAUUUCUUUCCCCCGUUUCACAACUUUACAGACGUCAUUCCUAAUACCGAGUGAAUCGGAUCAUAAGACUCUAUUAAUUUCACAAGCAAUGGAUUUUUUUACUAAGACCUGUUUUAUAAUUUGAAGCGACGUCGCUAGGCCAAAAGAGAGCAUCUAGUAAACUGAGUCACUUGUUUUAAACAAACACAAGAACAAAACAUUGCCGAUAUCAUCAUUAUGUUAUGAAUUAAUAAUUACUUCUGCUCGCAUUUUCCUUAGCGUUGGAGCAAUAUGGAGUGGACAUCAGUGAUAGAGCCAGGAGGAGUUUCGCUGAAUCCUCCUCACCCCUAUUCUUCAGGGGCACCCAACGACUGUUUUCUGUAAAAUAUCUGUUCGGAAAAGCAAACAUGGCCUAGAAUUUUCUAUUGGUUUAGGACGGCUAAAAAUUUCUAGAUGGCCAUCUCAUUCAUGUGCAGUUUUCGAAGCUUGUCUAAUUAUAAAUUUCCUACCUUUUUCUGAACUUUAUUUUAUUUCGGAUUCAAAAAUGUAACGGAGAGAGGAAAACAGAAAAAUUCUCUCUUUCGUAAAAUGUUAAAUUUCAUCUAAAAUUUUCGGGAAAAUAAUACAUGAAGCCCUUGUAAUUUCGAAAAGUCCCCAUAUAUAGCCAUUUUAAAGCAAUCACCACACAUAUAGGGAAUGAGCUUCCAUUUUGAAUACUAUAAAAAAGAGUCUGUUGCCUUCAAUAUGUUUAAGCAUGAGGCUGAGCCGAUUAGUUUCGAAGUUUAAACGGAAUUUACUAUUUAGGAAUGGGGAAGUCGGUUAGACCUGCCAUCCGGCCAUGGAUACUUACAUAAAUUGUCAUGUUUAUGCGGUUGUGUACGACAGGUGACCAAGCCUAGCAAUUAAACUAACAGAACCCGGAGAGAAAUUCAUAAAGCAGACAGAAUAUAUACAAAACUGUAAAUAUCUUCUAGUUUUGGAAAUUUAAAGUCAAGAAGUAUAUCUUGAAUUUUCUUGACAUGACAGCAAAGUAGUAGCAAUUUCGUGUUAUGUGAUUAACCUAUCCAGAUGCGCACAUUGAGUAAUUCACUUCUUGACAAAUGUUAAGCUAAAUUUUUUAACAAUCAAAUUCAGUGUGCGCAUGCUGAGCAAAACCCUCUAGUUUUGCCACUAUUUAUGAAGCAUUAGGCCUCCCCGAGACGAAAAGCGUAUAUAUUUUAAUUUUCCCUAAAAUUAGACCGCAACUUUGAUUCUUAACAUUUCUCACUCUUGAUAAUGAUGUUCGAAUCAUCGAGCCGUCGAGUAUAACGUUUUUAAGUUUAAUUUUUCCUGUUUAUACAGACAACCGGUUUAACGGUCAAUAUAUAUGGAAUGUCCCUUUGGUGUCCUCAGUCCGUAAUAACUGGGUCCCACUGUCAGAUUGACCACCGUCAAAAUUAAUUGAACUUGAUGACCGUAAUAUUAGAGAUCAGAGAGUAAAACUAUAGUAAAAAAAAAACUAGUUAGAAAACUUGAGUACUGACAGUAUUGUUUCCGUGGUCCACUGAUGAAUUUCACAGAUAACUCGACAAAUCUGUUUCAUGGAGAAGGCAAGACUGUAUUGAGAACACCGAAUGACUCUGAAGUAUAAAAAAGGUUAGGAAACUGAGUGACUCAAUUUUCAGGUGAGUUUGCUUCAGUAGUAUAAUGACCCUAAAUGGAGCCUGGGUCACUCAAGUUUCCUAACCCAAAUCACUAAUCUUCAGAGUAAUUAUGUGUUCGGCGGCCGUUCGGUGUUCUAGAAAAUACCCCUGCCGCUAUGCCUACUGCAGUCUUACAUAAUGUUACCACUAGGUCAUUAAAGUAAUCCAAUGAGCUCUUUAAUAUACAUGUCUACAUCACGAAACAGGACUACAUCUUCUUAGUACAGGCUCAGCGGGUCUCUUAUCGUUCUGCGGAAAUUUUCUGUUUUGCAGUGGUAUCCACUUCGUCAUUCGUAGCCUCUCAUGGGUCGAGUUCUACUGAGGUAGUUGUCUUGACAACUACAACUUUAAACACAAGCACUAUCCAGCCUUCAGAAGUUUCAUCGACAGUAGUUACUGUACCUUCCUCAUCAGGUAAGCGAUCGUUUUAAGCUGUUGAAUAAUCUCAUUCCCAGAGUCCUCGUUACCCUUGUCCAGCGGAACGGGCGACGCGGACCUCUGGGAUAAUCCAUUUUCCCGUGACAGGAUUCUUGGUCUCGUCUCAUCUGCACAAGCGUGAAAAGAAAAUGCUUAUAGCGUCCAUUUAAAAAGUCAUGCGCAAUGCUGGUCGCUGGACAAUCUGCCUCGCUCUCAGGCAAUCAAGCACAAUUAUGGCGCGGAAAACAGACUGGAGCACAUGGCGUCAUGGGAAUUCUUCCCAAGAUACCACGCGCACAUCGUGAGUGCUAAGAGCCCGACGCUCGGGAAAAGUGGCUUAAGUUUAUGGUUAUGUUAGAGUUUACCAUUCUUGACAGGUAUUUGAUCACUGAAUAAAAUAACCGCAACCAUCAAAAAAGGCAUAUCAGACUUACUUCAUGAAAGAAGAUCUUAAUCCUUUGACAAAAAUGUCCUAAUGCAGGAUGAGCAAAGUCGAAUGUAUGAGAUUGUGAAUUAAUGAGUGCUUUGUCUUUCAUGAUAGUUCUUUCCCCCUCUACAUCAUCCCCGCCUUCCGAAGGGGAACAACAGGCAGUGUUAUUGACAGUAGCCGGAAUGACUAUCGGAGAUGUAAGUAAUUGACGCCAUUUUUUGAAUUCCUACCUAAAGUGACUGAGUUGAAUGAGUUUGUCUUUAAAGGGCAACUCUCAGGAAAAUUACCGGGGCUGUUUUUUCUGUUGUUGUUGUUGUUGUUUGUUUUACCUUUUCUACGGUUUCCUUAUAGUACGUAAUAUCUCCCUUCGAUGAAAUUACAGUUAUAUCUGCGAAACGUAUUUUUUUAAGAUUUUCAUAAAACUCGUUUUUUGCCGCCAUUGUGGUCAUUGUGAAAACAUACGGAUUUCGGUCACGUGAUUUUACGUCACAGGUGUGGAACACGGAUUCUCAAGUGAAGAUUGUAAGGGAAAAACGAACUAAACUUCUCUUGAUGACCAACCCUCGCCCGCGGUACAGGGAAGUGUUACAUAUCGCGAAAAUCUAAUAGACAUCAACGACAAGGGCGCAGCGUAGAGACUAGAGACGUUAUCGAUACUAGCUUGUCAGAAAAGGUUCUAACCUUCUCUUAUGGACACUCUGAACAAUAAAUAUGUACAUGGUACAUGGUACAUACAGGGUUCGCAAAUACGCCAAAUUUGGCGUAUUUUACGCCAACAUUGUUCAGAUGACUCCACAGAGGUUACGGAGGGAGUCACUUCGACGCGAGAAAUUUUCGGUAACAAACAGGGAGCCACUUCGACUGCAGAAAUUUUCGGUAAAAAACACAGUUUUGUCCUUACCAUUUUCGCAACAAAUCAAAUUUACGUUAAUUGUAAACGUUGUAAACCUUAAUUAAAUCAUCGAAAUUAAAGAAUUAUACUGCACGACCAAAUAGGAAGAGGGUUAAUUACGAUCAAAGUUUAUUGGAUGACCGCCAUCAUGGAUUUGAGCUUUCCAGGUCAGCGGACCGCCACAGCCACUUCGUGUAUCCAUCACGAUAGUGUAUACACGAGAGGACUACGUGCUCGAAAGUCUGAAAAUGGCUUUUUUCGUUGUGAUACUUGACUCCAAAUAUUCCUAAAUGACUCCAAAAUUUGUGAAGCAGAAGUCACAGUGACUCCACUCAUCAAUAAAAUUUGCAAACCCUGUACAUAGUACAAGUGACUGUUACAUAUAUCGCAAAAAUUUAACGGAUAUCAAUGUCACCAGCAUUUCCUUUUACUUUGUAGAACCGUUUAGCGAUACUAGCUUGUCAGAAGAGACUCUAGAUCUCUAAUUCAUUCUCACAGACUUCCACAACAAGUGAAGACGUUCACAGUGAAGUUCGGGAAAAUAGUCAGACUCGAAAAAAGAAAUUUGAAUUCUUCAAUGAAAACGCCCUAUUUGUUUUAUUUUUUUCACUUUUGCUUGUGUUAAUUUUAGUAAUAGUUUACUGGAAAUGAAUUAUUCUUCCCCCUUUUUUUCAGUUCCAACUGAAAAAAAGCAAUUUUAGCAUCGCUUUGAAGACAGUCGUGGAGAUGUACUGCUCACGCCGCAGUUGUGAAGAAACAAGUCGGAAGAGGUACAAUAAUAAACAGCAAAAACAAAUAUCAACUCUCCGAACCAAGUCAUACGAGUAGUAUCAAACCGUAAAUAGGAAAUACCGUGCGUUGAGUGGCCUGUUUGCGAAGGCGAGGAAAGUUGGUGUCAGCGAAUUUCAGGUUACAAAUUGAGUCUUUCUGAGAGCCCGACCUCGAAAACCGAUAUUCUAAUUUUUUGGCCGAAACAAUUUACAUUAGGCUUCUUGACUACCUGUUGUUCUGUUAUACGAGCUUAUUAAUUCCUCUAGCUAACUACCAGCAUAUGGGUUUUGUAGAGGAGGGAUCAGUAGAUUAUUUCAAACAAGAAUUUGUUCGUAAGGCUCUACAAGUAUCAUCGAAUUUUCUCUGAAAAUUAGAUAUUGCAAUAUGGAAGCUGUUCUUUAGGUGGCAACUUUACGACCAGCAUAUGGAAAAGCAAGUUCCAUGUGUUAGGACAGCUUCUGGAAAUUUUCGCUGGUUUACGACAACUACAAGUAAUUUUGCGGUUUCUAAAUGUGCCCUUCGACCCUCUUCAAAUUUGUCUUUCGGAGAAUGGUUGACUGAUUUUCAAAGCUCCCCCGAGUACUAAUGACACUAAUAUAUCAAAAACUGACCGUUAACGGAUCGUUAAGUCUCUAAUAGCAUUCUGGGCUAUACACAAUUUAGUUUUCUCUUUCUUGCGUUAUUUUUAUGGUCGGAAAAUGGAAAUGGUUGUUGAUUUGUUAAAUAGGCCAUGGAAAAUUGUUCUGGAUUUGUUAAGGAGAAGAGGUUGUACAGUGUAUAUGGACUAAGAUUCCACUGUAAUAGUGAGUGUAUGAUCCAAGCUAUCCGGUAAAUCUAGGGUUCAAAACUUUAUAUGACUGGAGUUAUAUUGUUUUAUUGCAAGACGGAGAUAUGUUCAACAAUAUCAAUCCACCAGCUGAGUAAAAUUCCCAAAACAACAAGCACUUGAAAUUGUUUUAUUCCGUUCCUACUUUCAGGCGCGCAACGAGUGUUGAGCAAGUAUACAUAGUAUCCGGGUAUCCGCAAGAAAGCACCUUUUCCCCAGGCGAACUACUGGUAGCCGUGUUUAUAUCUACAGGCGGAGGCAAAUUCCUAUCAGAAGACGCUCUUUUAGCUGUUGUUGAAGAGUUUCGCGCAAACCUUAGCGCUGCGUUGGGCAGAGAGAUUACAGGUUUGGGUCGACUUCAUCCAGAUUUCGUCCAGGCAACAGAAUCGUCAGGGAGUUCAGGAAAAAGCAACAUCUUGUACUACUUCUUUGCGGCAUUUGGCGGCGCGUUGCUGCUUUUGGCAGUUUGUAUAUUUGUGACUUGCUGGUAAGUAUAAGGAUACUUUAAUUUAAUUCAAUUCAUUCCAAUCGCAAUGCCUACAUAAUUAUGAAAUUUAUAAAACGAAGCCAAUAAAUGCAGUGGGGUAGUACUAAAAAGAAUUUGCGCGGGAACGAUACUUGCUAGAGUUUUUCCUAGUUCAAACUCGCCACCCCCAACCCCCCCUCAGAUGGUGGGGAGCGAGUUAAAUCGUACGGAGGGUAAACGAGGGGGAAAACUAGGGGAGAUUGUCCUUAUUUUGAACAGGCUACAUAUUUCCCGGAAGCCCGAAACCGGCCCUGUCGGUGAGGCAAUAGUGAACUUACGCAACAGGACGGGAGAGGAAAAAAGACUGCAAAGCUUGUGGUAAUAAUUUUGUUUGAAAAAACUUGUCUCAAACCUCAUCUUCCUUUAAACCGUCCUUUUUGUAAAAGACCAAAAAACACUGAUAUUUAGUGAAGAUCACUUCAGAACAUGCAAGUAAUAGCCCGGUCACGUUUGUCACACAAGUGUUUUGCCGCCCUCCUGUUGCUUAAACUCACUACUCAUACAGAAAAACAGGAGAUUGUGACCAGCCUGGGGCAAUUGAUGUGUUUUAACCUUCUUAACAUUUUACCGUGUUUUUGUUUGCUUUGUAGGCUUGGCCGUAAAGAAAAUUCAAACGGCAAUGAGGUGAGACCGCUGACCACGAGUAACUUACAACUCGUUGAAAACCAAGGUGGACAAAAAACCUAACAACGCAACUAGACGCAGACUAUAAUGCUACAAUGCCGUGAUGCUUGAAACUGCCGUUUGUACAUAUGCUCUGUUGUGUAAUUCUUAUACACAGUAGAACCCCGAUAACUCGAACUGGGAUAACUCAGAUAACACUAACUUCGAAUUCAUUAGAGUCUUUUAAUUUAAAUCUAAUUUAUCUUAGGUAACAGUUUCAUAGUUAUUUUUAUUUUUAUUUAUAUCAUGAUUGCAUAUUAUUUUACGGUUGGUGUGAUGUCUUAGCGAUUUUUACCGUCGCAAUAUAUGUACAUGUAGAUGAUGUAGAUGCCACUCCCCGCGCUAUCUCGAACUAAGUCCAAUUUCCCUGGGAUUUCACCCUUUUUUCCAGUCAUUUUUACUUGGUUAACUCGAACUCUAAUAACUCGAAUUCCCACUAACUCGAACUAACUUUCCUUUCUCUUGAUCAAAAAUUCGCUGAAAUUUACCCCGAUAACUCGAAUUCUAGUUCUUGGAACUAAACUCGUAUGCCAUUCCAUUAGCUCUUCAUAUUGUAAAAGGGUAAAAACACUAAACUAACACUGCUCAACAAAAAAAAAUUGAUUUUAAAUGGUGAAACGAACAGAUCACGUUUCAUCAUUAAAAACGCCUAAUCAUGUUGCCGCUUCUGAUGAAAUAAGUUAAAUUUCCAUUGCACCAUACUCGGAAGUGCUGAAAAAUCAGUAACUAUCAAUUUUUAACAUGGCAAAUUGAACUUUGCAAUCGACCCCGAUAACUCCAACUGUUUUUCGUUUCCCUUCAGAGUUCGAGUUACCGGGGUUCUACUGUGACUAUCUCAGCUGUUAAAAAAGGUUCAGGUCAGCUCAAAGAAAAUAAGCAUAUAUUUAUAUCGAAAGGCGUUUUAGAAGUAGAUCGUCAUUGUACCACUGCCAGGGUUAUAUUUAAGCAACAGAAAACGUUUUCCGUGUUUGAAAAGCCUGAUAUAAACACGAGAGGGGUUGGGAGAAUUCGAGACCUUUAUGCAAACACUCGACUUUGUCUCGGGUUUGCAUAACGGUCGAGAAUUUUCCCAACCCCUCGAGUGUUUAUAUCAGGAUAUGCAAACAAAGGCGAAAAAUUUUCUAUUGCUUUUUUAAAAUAACUUUCAAGAGAAAAAAAGCAAAACUCUCUUGUUCAGAGCACUGAUUAAAAGAGAAAUUCUUACCAGUCGCGAAGUCUUGCGCACGAAGCUCGUGCGCGUAAUCAGUCCUUGUUUUUGCAGAAAAGAUGCUUUCCAAAAUGAGGGUUCUUCUCGCUUAAAGUGUCAGCUCAAGCGAAAAAAAUUGACACUGCAUGUUUCUAAAGAUUCUCCAAGUUUCAGCCGACGAGGAAAUGGGUAAAUCAAGUAAACUUGACGAGUUUUUCAACUCAAAAACUUUUUGAAAUUCGUGCUUGCGUGAUUAGCGCGCGAAAAGCCAGACAUCUUGACGUCACAACCCAUGUUUACAUACUCUCAUGCAAACACGCCUCUCGGCUAAUCAGAGCGCGCGUACUAUCUUAGUUAUAUUAUAAAUACAUAUCAGUUAAUUCCCUGUUUUUGCUGGUCGUGUUCCAAAAGAAACUUCCUAGCUAUGACGAAUCAUUGUAAUUUGUAUCAUUUUAAUGGCCUGGUACCUCAAGAACAGAAUGCGCGACUUGCUCAUGGGACAAUUACAUUAGCGUAGGGUCUGUCCUAUAGAGAGUAACAGAAAAUGACUGAACAACAGCAGUAAUCACGUACUAAGAGCCAUUAUGGCUCCUGCUCGUACCCUUUUGUAACAUCAAAUUAAACGCGGCAGCUAGUUUAAUUUGAUGCUCAAAGCGUAAAACGCUCAAAGCGUAAAACAGUACACGUCAACUUCUACGCGACAAAAUUUUUACCAUACCCUUUUGAACAGUCUUUAUCCUUAUACCGAGAGAAAUUUUAAAAAGUUGUCAAGGUAAGAUAAAGAGAGUUUGACAAGCUAUAUUGAUACGGAAAGCUACUUAUAAUUAUUCCUCGAAAAUACUGUUUUGAACAAAACUGAAGACUUCGUAAAGAAUGAAUUGUACACGUCAUAGCGCAUGCAGCGCACGCAGAUUACAACACUCACGUCUCUCCUUCACAAUCUAGCCAAUCAUAAAAAGUGAACUUUCUUACUUGACCAGAUCUCGCCUUCGGCUUUGUCGAUAAGAGAUCUGGGUACGAGAUCUCAACAGCAGGGACCAGCUCUAGGUGUCCGUUUUCGGAUGGUGUACGUCUUAAGGAGGAGGUCUCCUGAGGGGAAUUAAGUCUGAUUUACAGUCGACUCUCUCUUAACCGACACCUCUAUAAGACGGACACCUCUGUAAAACGGACACCUAGUGUUGGUCCCUUUCUUUCUUUCCUCCCUCUAUUUGACUCUCUAAAAGACGGACAUCUCUCUAAGACGGACAGCUAGUGCCGAUCCCAAAGGUGUCCGUCUUAGAGAGAGUUGACUGUAUUGACCAAUAUAGUUUGAAAGGUACCACUUUUUACUACUCAUUGGUGAAAAUUUUUAGUGAUAGCUAAUGGCAAGUCUUCAGCAAUGGGGUACGGGUUUAAAACGUGAGAAUCCAUUUCGUUGGCCAUAAGUUGAUUGACGCCUUUUGUUGUUCGGCUCAGCUCAAAGUUGUUGUUGUUAAAUGGUUUUAUUUUUCCUUAUUUUUGGACCAAAUUUGCAAUGAUUUGUAUUCAACAACUAAAAUUUAAAGCAAGCGUGUUGUUUAAACAUAAAUGUAUAUAUGAAAA